UAUGGGGGUUAUGGGCUGGGCAUUGCUGGGAUUUGUGGAAUUCCCUGGGAUGUUCAGUGCCAUUCCUGCCAUUCCUCUUCCUCCUUUCCCAGGGGGUCUCCUGGUGGGAUUCCCUGAGGAUCCCCCUCCCAGCCGGAUCCUGCCGGGCCCCGAGCUGGAAUUUUACAUCCGGAGCUUCCAGAAAUCCGGAUUCAGGGGGCCCCUGAACUGGUACCGGAACAUCCAAACCAACUGGAACUGGGCCCUCUCCGCCAGGGACAGGAAGAUCCCACUGCCGGCAUUGAUGGUGACGGCCGGGAAGGACCCGGUGCUGCAUCCCAGCCUCAGCAAGGGCAUGGAAAACUGGAUCCCGCGGCUGCGCCGGGAGCACCUGGAGGAAUGCGGCCACUGGACGCAGAUGGAAAGGCCGGCGGAGGUCACCAGGAUCCUGCUGGAGUGGCUGGAAGGGCUCCCGCCGGACCCCCCUUUUCCCAGGAAUUCCCGGCUGUGAAUGGGACCUUUCCCGACUUUUCCCUUCCCUUCC